AUGGAACUCGGCGCGCAGAUUGGAACCAUGAAUCCAUCAUCCAGCGAAGCUGCACGCAAUGAACCCGAGCAUCCCCCUAACCCUCCACCGGCCGACUUCAGAGCGUUCGAGGCAAGCCUACCACAAACACAGCCAUGGACCACCGACGGCUACCCUAUCGUCGACGGCAAAUACCACAAUCUCGACACGGGCGAGGUCAUGGCCCACACCGGACUGAUGAAGGGCGGUCCUCCGAAUAUCACCGUCUACUGGCAAAACCGGUUCGCCACCGGGCGCGGCGACCAGUUCCUCGUCGUCAGCAAGACCAUCUACAGCACCCGCAGCUUGAGCGAGUAUAUCAUCCGGAUUGGCCAUUUGUUGCAGAGGGGACCAGGUGUCUGCAAGGUGGACUCGCUGAAUGCCACGCCGUACUCGGUGUAUGUCGUCGUCACGUCCGAGGCGUCGCAGGAGGAGUUCAAGCAGGCUCUCCAAGAGCAUGGUCUUCUUUCCUAA